AAUAUCGUCAAUGUUCUAUUAUUUGUAGAUCAUGACAUAUUUUCUGAUUUUGUCUUAAUUUUAAACAUGGAUGCAUGUGAUACCAUGGAGGUAUGUGAGAACAUGGAUGUGGUGCCAAAGGGUAGAAGCCUCAGCGACAUCAAGUCAACAGCCAUUGUGAAGUACACUAGUGCCAGCAUACCUCUAUCAACGGGUUUCUCACAGCUUCAACUGAAUACAAAUCUAAAUGUACCGCCAUCAAACUGGCUGCGUAGUAGCUCAGGGAUGGAGCGGUACAUCCGUGAUUACACCUGGCGGCGAGAACACUCUGAGUUUUCCAGUAUCAGGAUGGCAAAUAAUUUCCCAGAUCUCACUGGAGAAGUGGAUGUAGUGAGUGGUUCGCAGAACAUUAAGAAGCUUCUAAAGAUGCCCCUAUGCAAGUCCUCCCACGUGAGCAUGAUGGUGCAUCGUAUCGGCAAGACCUUGCUGCUGGACGAAUUCGAUAUCCACAAACUCCUGCUUAGGAACCAGGAGGAAGAAUGGACCUGGCUAAGACACUUUUUCUACGAUAUUGUUGCCAAAGAUAUGCAAGGAAAGAUGAAGUGUAUCCCAAGACGGAGCAAAAGUCGAAACACUCUUGAAAAAAGAAAUAUGUACUCCAAGUUUUUAUAUCACAGUCUAGUUGCGACCUGUAACCAGAAUGAAUUGGUUUGGCAAACAAGACCGACCUCAUCACCACCUCCUGCUGAAACUCGUACAGAGUCCUUGGAUCUUGUGCCAGAUCCACUGCCUAAGUCUGAGAGCGAGUUUGAUCGUGAAAUCCUGUGGAAGUUUGAAGACAUCCACAUGCUGAUCGGGACCGACCUGCCGAUAUUUGGGGGCACCACUCACCCUUGUGUCAGCCUCAGACUCAGAGAUUCCGCCACUCCAAUAAAUGUACUGACAGGCCUGGACUACUGGCUGGACAACUUGAUGUGUAACGUGCCUGAAGUCGCCAUGUGCUUUCAUCUCAAUGGUAUUGUACAGAAAUAUGAGCUAAUUAAGACUGAAGAUAUCCCUAACCUAGAUGACUGCAAGUUUGAUCCCCAACUAAUCACAGACAUUGCCAGAAAUAUUCUUUCAUUCCUGAAGUCGAAUGCAACUAAAGAAGGUCAUACCUACUGGUUGUAUAAAGAUGUGGAUGAUGAUGUUGUUAAGCUGUAUGACCUGACUGCUCUGUGUGGGGAAGGGAAGACUGACAGGUGUCAGAACCCAUUCACCGUUCCCGUGGGGAUCCUGCUGUACCGCGUGGCCCGCAACAUGAGGCAGUCAGCGGACAGGAAGAGCAUGGCCACCAUCAGAGAAUUACUAGAAAACUCUCUACUGCUACUCGAUGAAGACAAACACUCACAAGUGUGUACGUCGGCCCACUACCUGUUGUCAGAUCUCUAUGUUCCUGACUGCUCUGUGCACGAUGUGUGGAGUAUUUCCAGCUCAGAGAUGACAACAGACGACACCGAAGAUUCUCCUAUGUCUGAUGAUGAUGACAGUGACGUGAGAACAGAGAUCUCUGUUGGCAUGAAUGAUCUGGUGAACAAAUCAUGUUUGUACAAUCACAUGACGAAGUCAGUGAAGUCUCACCCGAUUGCUGGGACUGUGGAAGAACGAUGUCACGAUGCUCUCAAGCAUAUCAGAAAAGGUUUAGAUUGCAUUCUUAAGGAGAAAGCUGAGAGCAACACAAGGAAAAGCAGCUCCAUAGUGGAGGAACAGGUCCCAUGUAACCAAAGUCAAGCCAUCCCUCUCCACUACCAGCCUUUGAAGACUACUCACAAGGGAGGCUACUCUCUUGAACUGAUGAGUCACAAGGCUGGUCUAACCCUAAACAAACCGUGGCAGUGCUUGUCAAGUUCUCUCUUGAUGAGAAAGUCAUCCAUGACAUUCUUCGCACUGGCAAAGGCACAUCUUUCAGCUCAGAAAUAUGGAAAUGCUUUGAAGUACAUUAGAUUUGCUGUACAUUGUUUUGAGGCCAUGUCGUCUCUGAUCCCUCAGAAGGCUAAAGAGAACCAGGAACUGCUGUCGUUAGUGCUGGAGGUGGCCGGGGACAUCCGUCUGGUGAUGGGUCGGAUCAGUAACGGGUUUGAGGAUCACAGCCGCGACUAUGACAAAAUGUCAGAGGAUGAAGCGGCCAUCCUGCACACGGCUCAGAGUGUCAUUACCGUGCCAGAAUUGGCCUGGGUGUACGUGUGGACAUUGAGUAUGGAGCAGAAUCUGAUGGACAGCAGUCGAUGUUAUGAGCGAGCUCUUCAUCUCAUCAAAGACAGGAAGGUUGAGAAGGAAGCUAAAAUACUGUUGGCAAAACGAUAUGGGAAUUCUCUCAAUGAGCUCGGGGUCUUGUACAUGAAUCAAGCUCAGGUCUUUUUGCAGUCGGGAACAAUGUUGCCCCUUGAUAAGAUCGAAGAGCUGUGGGAGAACAGUGAGAAGUGCUUCACCAAAGGUAUCGAGGCGUUUUGUUCAGUGGCUGACCAGGCCAACCAGGCUCUGCUACACUCUAACAGAGGGAGGCUGAUGCGACUCUGUGCCCGGUGUUACACACACAUCACCAUGCAGAAAGAUAGACCCGAGUUCAGUGCCAAGGAAAGACAAUAUUACUUCAAAGCUAUAGAUUGUUACCAGCGCGCAUUGGAUGUGCUAGGGAGCAGCGAGCGGUUGAGGCCGGACCAGUUCCACGAUAUCCGCGAGUCAGUCAAGUGGGAUCUGUCGUCGACCUACUUCAACAUGGCCAUGAUGCUGCAGGAUUACGCACCGCUCUCCACACACCCACAGGAAGAGAUUGAGAAACAGGUGACUGACUUGAUGAACAAGUCAUUGAAAUACUGCACGACAGACGAGAGACAGGGACGGGACCUGACCUUGCAGCAGUAUCGAGCGGCCACUAUCAACCACAGACUGGCGUCUCUCUAUCACAACUCGUACAGGAAUCAGGAGAUCAAUGAUCAGAAGCGGCGCCACCUACGCCAGCUGGCAGAACAUCACUAUGACCGAGCCAUGCGACACUUCUUGUCUGUCGAGGCAUUCAGCGACCUGCUGAGAGUGGAGCUGGAGCGGGUUGCCAUGCUGGAACUGUUCUACCAGAGUCAGAGUAGUUCUAAAGGAAAGUUACGCUGUCUUCAUUCUGUGUUUUUAAUCCUGCUGAGCUGUCGUGACGCUAUCGUGCCACUGUGUUCUCAGGCAGACGGAGGGAGUGAGGAGAAAAGUGAGCCAUCAGAGGAAAGCAAUUUGUACUUCAUUCUUUUAUCUCGGAUACAGUUCGUUCUUCUACAGCUCAUAAAGACAUACUCGACAUUACAAAAAAGACAUUGUGAAAACACUCUGAAAGAUCUUAAAAGGUUUUAUGCCCAAAGUUUACAGAGUGAGACAGAAAAAGUGGACUGUUUGAAGGAGAGGUGGAAAUGGGUGGCCGACUUCCUGAGUGAACUUGUGUCGCUACGAGACCAGCUAGCACGGGAAGCUGCAUGAUAAUAUCGGCAGUCUCAUGUUAUGGCCACAGAAAGAAAAAAGAAAAAACAAAGAAUUAGUGAAUGUCCCUUUUCCCUCCCCCAAAAAAAUGUUGAUGAGCGGAUGGUUUUUAUUUUUAUUUUUUAUUUUUUAAAACUAUGUGAAUGGUACUGUACAAGCUGCCAUCAAUUUUGCGAUGGAAGUCAGCAGUGCCGUUAAAAACGCUGUUGCCAAAUUGACAUGCAACUCAAUAAUUUGCUGGAAUAAUCCUUGAAAAUACUUGUAUAUUAAGAAAAGGGGAACCAUAGAUAUUCAUGUGGCAGUGUUUUAAUGUCCAAGAGAUAUUUUAGGAGAAAAGCUAUUUUUAGCAAUUUUCUACAAUGCCCUUAGUGGUGUUGGUCAUAGCCAAGUGGGUUAUAACUUUAAAAUACAUGUGUAAAAACGAAUCUUGGGUGGAGAUGCUCCUAACUUUUUUCUUUCUUUUUUAUUUGGCCUAAUUACGACAUGUACUUGAGAAAUAACUUUUCAAAAGACUAUUUUGCUCAAAUUUUUAAAUGCAUUUUUAUAUGUUACAAAGUACUACUCAAUAAUUUGCCAGACAUAAUCCUUAAAAAUAGCCUUGUAGCAAGAAAGGGAAACCAUAGAUAUUCAUGUGGUGACAUUUUUAUGUCCAAGAGAUGUAGAAUUGGCAAUAGAUGUUGGUAUCGUGAAAAACAAUGCAGAAAUUGUGAAAACUGAUCAUAUGUUGAUAUGAAACAGACAUGUCCACUGCAAAAGCCCACGUUGCAAACAAUCUAGUGGAUUAAUUUGGAGAUGUCAGUCAUGGUGCAAUAUUGUGAAUAAAAAACUUAGCCAUGCAAGUGAAAUUCUGCAAUGGCGAUUACAAAACACUUGCCUUUUGACGAGUAGAUUAUUUUGUCCACAUCUGUCUAUCAUUAUGACAUAAAUCAUUAUUUUACAGUCUCAGUCAGUCAGUGCAGUAACUGAUGAUCAGUAUUAUAAACAUCAGCUUCCGGUUUAGGACAGUGUUUGCAAAUCAUGCAUAUUGUCAGAUACCUAAAGUCACCCGAGUUAUUCCGAAUGGGGUAUCACACUCAUAGUUUUGGCCAGUUUGACGAUCGAGGCAUUUAGAACUUCAGAAUGUUUUUAUUAUCCACAAUGAUUGAAGUAUGUCCAAAUUAAGAUGUGAUAAUAUGUUGCCUGACGAGUAACAAUCCUGAGUUUGCUAAUAAAUGCUUUCAUUUACUAGCCAAUCGGCGAGUAGAUAUGAAGUGCUACUUUUGCGUUGUCAGUACUGUGUAUGAUGUCCAUGAGACUCGAUAACACUUUGACACCUUCUUUGCAUACUACCAACCAUGUGGAUAAUGUACUGAUAUGGAAUACAAGCCCAUUCCUCCUGGAGCACCUGCUGCAAGUUAUUCUUAGUCUGAGGUUGUAUUGGUUAUGACCUAAACAUGCUCAACUGGAUUUAUGUCUGGAGAAUGUGCAGGCCGUUCCAUAGGAUUAGUUGAUUCCCUCUUCAGGUAUUCACUAACCAUACAAGCAUGAUGUGGGCAUGUGUUAUUGUCCAUAAGAAUAAAGCCAGGACCAACUGCUCCAUAACGCUGGUGCACAUCCCCAUUGUGAAGCAUUCCAACCCCCUCUGUUCAUGUCAUCGUUGUUUAAACAUCUUUGAUUGUGUGGAGGCAAAAGAUGACAUUUGAUAUGAUGAUUUAAUUUGUGGAAAAUCUUAACUGCAAUACCUUUGAACAACCUUGCAAACUUUCAAAUGCAUGCUUCAUGUUGACAGGUAGUGAAAUAAUAUCAUCAUAGAUAGCCCUCUACUUCGCGAUUGUUUUGGUCGCAUUAUCUACCCUUUUUUUUUCAUUUGUCACUAAAACCUUUCAAACUGUCUAUAUAAAAAAUAGAAGUAGGUGCCAUCUGGCUUCUUAUGGAAACGUUAAUGUAGAGGGUUGAUAGAUAACUUGGUAAAAGGCAGGUGAGUUGUUUAUUUUGUGAAUUGCAAACUAUCUCUUACUAUUCACCAUACCUAUAGCAUUGUAAUUUCUUUUAUCCCUGGCAAAUGUUGAGUAGAAUGUAUAUUUUUCUGAGACAGAUCAAGGGUGGCUGAUUGAUUUUCUCUAGGGAUUAGGUGCAGUUAAAAAAGGGGGUAUCUAUAAUAUUCAAAAGUUCACCUACAGCCACUAUAUGUAUUUUUUUUCCACAUUACAUGUCCUCAAGGAUUUGUUUUGAGGACAGGUAAUGUAUCCAUAAAAGAGUAAAUACUCCCAAGUUUUCUCCAUUUCUUUUCACAUUACCUGUCCUCAAGGAUUUGUCUAGAGGACAGGUAAUGUAUCCAUAAAAGAGUAAACACUCCAAGUUUUCUCCAUUUCUUUUCACAUUACCUGUCCUCAAAACAAAUCCUUGAGGAUAGCUAAUGUAUCCAUAAAAGAGAAAACACUCCAAGUUUUCUCCAAAUUAUCAAUCAAUCAAAAUUAUAUGACUUGCAUACUUAUACAUAUGUCAAUAUUCAGGCACAACACUCGGUGCUAAUCUUAUUUUGUAAUAUAAGACAAAGAACAACAAUCUGUGAUAAAAUAUUUUCAUUUCUCCACAACUAGUCCCUUUUCAUUUCUGUUUUGUUGUGCAAGUGUCCCAUACUAUUGAAAACAUGAUGUAAUUUUCAUGCUUCUGGUUGAGUCAGGUUUGUACAUCUGCAUGUGCAUCUGUCACAGUCUAUGGUACUCUUAAUGAAAUCUUUUGUAAGCACUUUAUCAUAAAUAGGACAGCACAUAUAUGUUGUUAAUCAUUGAUCAGUGCAUGUAUAUUGUGUCUAUUCACCAAACUUAGUGGUGUGCUAUGACUAAGACACAACUGAAGAAGGUUACAUGUGCAACCAUUCUCAAAUCUUGUCAUGUUUGUACUAGUCCCAUUACGAUUGUGGUGGUGGUGGUGGUGAUGAUGACAGUAAUUGAUGUGCCUAUAUCCAAUGGAGAUUCAAUCACACUGUACUGGAAAUGCAGAUCAGACUCCUGGAGACACAGCCCAGAGCCUUUGGGAAACAGUGCAAUUUUUUUCAGGACAAGACCCAAAGUCCUGAACAUUGCUCAGUCUUUAGAAUACAGUCCAGAAUCCUGGGAACAUAGUCCAGAGUCUUCAGGACACUGCCCAGAGUCCUGGGGACAUUGCUCAGAGUCUUCAGAACACUGUCCAGAGUCCUGGGGACAUUGCCCAGAGUCUUCAGAACACUGUUCAGUGUUAUUGGGGGGGGGGGGGGGGGGGGGGGGCAUAGUCCAGUCUUUAGGAUACAGUGCAGAGUCCUGGGGACAUAAUCCAGAGUCUUUGGGACGUGACACAGAGUCUUUGGGACACAGUGCAGAAUCUUGGUGACAUGGUCUAAUGUCCUUGAGAGACCGUCCAAAGUCUAGGGUACGGACCAGAAUCUUGGUCUGCCUUUCCAGUGCGAUGUUUGUUAGUGAGACUGUUAAGAACAUUAUACACUCUGGUGCAUUAUUGUGGUUGUAUGAAUAUGGUAAUAAUUAUCUCAAGGCUUGAUCUGAUUAUAAUUAUUUGACUCAAUUGUAUAUUGUGCAAUAUUAGAUGACAUAAAUGUAUUUUAUACUGUGUUGUGCAGUAUUAGAUAAAUAUAUUUUAUACUGUG